AUGUCAUCAAUUCUCCGCCAGAUUGUCGCAGGUCCAAGACAGCAACAUCCAGAGGCAGGACUUGACCUGUGCUAUGUAGAAGAUAACUUGAUCGCAACCUCUGGUCCAUCAGGGACAUACCCUCAACGCGCAUACCGUAACCCUCUAGACGCCCUCGUCAAGUACCUGGACGCUAAGCAUGGAUCAAACUGGUGCAUCUGGGAGUUUCGCGCUGAGGGCACCGGGUACCCAGACUCAGAGGUCUACGGACGCAUUCACCACUUCCCCUGGCCAGACCACCACCCACCGCCCUUCGCGCUGAUUCCCAAUAUCAUGGGAAGUAUGCGCAAUUGGCUACAUCACCUGGACAAAGACGAGGAUGAGAAGAAGGAGCAGGGGGAGCGAGUGGCCGUGGUACACUGCAAGGCGGGGAAAGGGCGCAGUGGAACUGUCGCGUGCGCAUACCUCAUCAGUCAGGAGGGCUGGAAGAUGGAACAUGCUUUACAGCGAUUCACUGAUCGGCGCAUGCGCGUGGGCUUUGGUGCUGGCGUCAGCAUUCCCAGCCAGCUGCGAUACGUCGGGUAUAUCGAUCGGUGGACGAAUCAGAUGGGGAAACAAUAUGUCGAGCGACCUGUUGAGAUCCUGGAAGUCCAUAUCUGGGGCCUGAGAGACGGAGUCAAGGUCGCUGUGGAAGGGUAUGUAGACGAAGGAAAGAAGAUCAAAUCUUUCCACUUGUUCCAUCGGAACGAGCGCACCAUCAUUGAAGAUGGAAAGACGGACCAAUACACGACACACACGCCUGUGGACACACAGACUUCCCCAACAGAAUCCUCUACCAGCUCAUCACAGCAAGAUGGUACUACUGUGGAGCGCUCACCAGUCGCGCCGGGUACUGUCUCUGCGAUGAUCUUCAAGCCCCACAAGCCACUCAUCAUACCCAGCUCCGAUGUAAACAUCGACCUUGAGCGCCGCAGCAAGGCUUCCUACACUGGUUUCGCAAUGGUGACAUCCAUUGCACAUGUCUGGUUCAACCCUUACUUUGAAGGCGGAGCGGAGCAUGACUCCGGUGUCUUUGAGACUGAGUGGGAUGCCAUGGAUGGCAUCAAGGGAAGUGCAAGGAAGGGAAUGCGUGCAUUAGACAAGCUCAAGGUUGUCUGGCGGUAUCCGUCAGAGUCACAAGCGAAAGGGAAGGGCAAAGAGCUGCCGGCUGAGGGAAGACCCAUCAGCGAGCCUCAGCCUGGUGAGUCGAUUCAUGAAAGCGAUCCGCCUGACUGGCGUGGACUUUCAGAGGACAAAAGCCAGGAGAAUAUACGUCCUUCUGCGAAGUCGCAGAAGAGUACCUCCAGCCUUACGGAUAAGACCAAAGAGUUGGGGCAUAUUUUGGAGAAAGAACUUGGGCUUCGGAAACAAACGGAUGACAGUAAAGAUGUCAGUUUAGCUGGGAGUGAUGACGAGACGCGGAUCACGACCGAUGAUGAAGGGAGGAAGGUCAAGGUGAAGAAAGGGGAGCAGGAUGAUGAUCUCGAGGGGGUAAAGACGCAUUAUGCGAAAGAAUAA